GGGUGAGGUGCCAAAGGUUCUCUAUAAAGAGCCAGGGCUCCUGGCUGCCACCACUUGCCCUCUGGCUGCUGAACUGCCUGUGUGUGCCAGGGACCACUAUGGUGAGGCUUGUGCUGCCCAACCCUGGCCUAGAGGACCGAAUUCCAUCUCUGGAUGAAUUAGAGGUCAUUGAAAAGGAAGAAGCCAGCUCCAGGCCCAAAUGGGACAACAAGGCCCAGUACAUGCUCACUUGUGUGGGCUUCUGUGUGGGGCUGGGCAACGUGUGGCGUUUUCCCUACCUAUGCCAGAGCCAUGGAGGAGGAGCCUUCAUGAUCCCAUUUCUCAUCCUUCUGGUACUGGAGGGCAUUCCCUUGCUGCACCUGGAAUUUGCUAUCGGCCAGCGGCUACGCAAGGGCAGUGUGGGUGUGUGGAACUCCAUCCACCCAGCUCUGAAGGGUGUAGGCAUUGCCUCCAUGUUUGUGUCCUUCAUGGUGGGCCUGUACUAUAACACGAUCAUCGCCUGGGUCAUGUGGUAUUUCUUCAACUCCUUUCAAGACCCUCUGCCAUGGAGUGAGUGUCCACUCAACGGAAACCAGACAGGCUACGUGGAAGAGUGUGCCAAGAGCUCUUCCGUGGACUACUUCUGGUACCGGGAGACUCUCAACAUCUCCACAUCUAUAGAUGAUUCAGGCUCCAUUCAGUGGUGGAUCCUGCUCUGCCUGACGUGUGCCUGGAGUGUGCUGUAUGUGUGUGUUAUCCGCGGCAUCGAGACCACUGGGAAGGCUGUGUACAUCACCUCCACUCUGCCCUAUGUGGUGCUAACCAUCUUUCUCAUCCGUGGCUUGACUCUGAAGGGUGCCACCAACGGUAUCGUCUUCCUCUUCACACCCAAUAUUACGGAACUGACCAACCCCAACACGUGGCUGGAUGCCGGUUCUCAGGUCUUCUACUCCUUCUCACUGGCCUUUGGCGGCCUCAUCUCCUUCUCCAGCUACAACUCUGUGCACAAUAAUUGUGAGAUGGACUCUGUGAUCGUGUCCAUCAUCAACGGCUUCACAUCCGUGUAUGCAGCCACCGUGGUCUAUUCCAUCAUCGGCUUCAGAGCCACUGAGCGCUUUGACAACUGUGUCAACACAAACAUCCUGACUCUCAUCAACGGGUUCGACCUGCCCGAGGGCCAGGUGACUGCAGAGAACUUUGAGGCUCUUCAGCAGUGGUACAAUGCCACCAAUCCUGAGGUCUAUGCACAGCUGAAAUUCCAGACCUGUGACAUGAACGCCUUGCUUUCUGAGGGUGUGGAGGGCACAGGCCUGGCCUUCAUUGUCUUCACUGAAGCCAUCACGAAGAUGCCAGUGUCGCCGCUGUGGUCAGUGCUGUUCUUUAUCAUGCUCUUCUGCCUGGGCCUCUCCUCCAUGUUUGGGAACAUGGAGGGGGUGGUUGUGCCCCUUCAGGACCUCAAUCUCGUCCCUAAGAAGUGGCCCAAGGAACUGAUGACAGGCCUCAUCUGCUUGGGGACGUAUCUCAUCGCCUUCAUUUUCACGCUGAAUUCGGGCCAGUACUGGCUCUCUCUUCUGGACAACUACGCUGGCUCCAUCCCUCUGCUCAUCAUCGCCUUUUGUGAGAUGUUCGCCGUCGUCUACGUGUACGGAGUGGACAGGUUCAACAAGGACAUCGAAUUCAUGAUUGGCCACAAGCCCAACAUCUUCUGGCAAAUUACAUGGAGAGUGGUCAGUCCACUGAUCAUGCUGGUCAUUUUCCUCUUCUUUUUUGUUAUUGAGGUUAACAAACAACUCACGUAUAGCAUCUGGGACCCUGACUAUGAGGAAUUCCCCAAAAUGCAGAGGAUCGCAUAUCCCAACUGGGUGUAUGCGGUGGUGGUCAUUGUGGCCGGGAUACCCUGCCUCGCCAUCCCUGGCUUCGCCAUCUACAAGCUCCUCAGAAACCGUUGCCAGAAGUCUGGGGACCACCUCGGGCUGGUCAAUACAAUGUCCACAGCCUCUGUGAAUGGUGACCUGAAGAACUGAGUGGGUCUAGCCUAUAUAAGGCAGAAGAUGAUACACGGAGGAGAACAAGAGACAGGACCCUUGGGGGAAGUGGGCAGUAAUGUGUGUGAAUGUAUCCAUACAUCAUACAGAAGUGUAUACAAAUGCUACAAAACAUGUGGUGCACAUAAUAAUAGGCAUAUUUAUGUGUAUAUAGCAGUUGCACACACUAUAUGUAUAGAGGUGUAUGUGCAUAUAUGGUAUACGUGCGCAUAAAUAUGUAUAUAUAUAAAUGUGAGUUUGUGUGUGCAUGUUGUGCAUAUGUGCAUAUAUACUAGGAAGUCCCCAUAUAUUUGUGUAUACAUGUGUAUGUCCACAUGAGUGUUAUCUGCAUGUAUAUAUGCCCAUGUGUCAACAUGUGAUACAUAUGUUCACACGUGCACAUCUAUAGAUAUGUAUAUACAUCUGUACACGUGCAUAAACCUAUGUACAUAUAUUUAUGUGCAUAUCUUCAUGUGUGAAAUUUGCGUGCUCCAUAUGCACAUGCAUGUACACGUACACUUAUGUUUGUGCAUUGCAUACAGGCAUAUGCACACGCCUAUGCUAUCUUUGCACACAUGGUACACAUGUAAAAAUGUUUUUACAUGCUCAUGAUGGAAGUGCUCUGGCUUGGUUGUCCUCCUCUUGCCCUCAUUGUAGGGCUUGAACUCCAGCCUGGAAAACACAUAGCCCAGGACCCACCUUACACUGCAGAUUCCUGGCAGAGGGUCAAAAGUGAAGAUAUGGAGGCCCUGGGCUGGUCUCCUUCCCUCUGUAGAGGGCAGGAGAUGAGGCUAUGAAGCUGGCUUGGCUCCUGGGCAUGUGGUCCUUGUUGAAUCCCAGCUGAUUUCCUGCCCCUUGCUGUGAGUGCUGGACCAAGUUCAUUGAAUUAGAAGUCUGGGCCCUUCUGCUCCUUAAGGAGAAGUACAGGAACUGGUGGCUGCAAGGUUCAGAAGCUUUGUCUCGGUCAGGCCUGGCACACCCUUGCUUCCUAGAUGCCUGCUUAAUCAUUGGUUGCUGAAUGGGCUGCUGAGCAGCCAAGCUGACUUUCCCUUCUCUGCUGAAGCAGGAGCCACACUGUGCACUUCUGAAGAGGGCACGAGCCCGUAAAUCUUUAGCCAAAUGUUGGAGGAGGAGGGUUACAGGGUAACUCAGCUGUGGCCACUGUGUUGAGGACUCCAAGAGUCCUGGGCACCCCAGUGACUGUGAAGCCCAGAAAUUCCCAGUCUUGUGGCAGUCAGUGAAGUCACAGAGGGCUAUGCCUGCCCCUUCCCCAAUAGGUUGGUUGUUUCUGGGUUCACAUCUACUCCAAGUCACAGGUACUUGGGACUUGUAGUGUUUAUUACAACAAGCUACUGCCCUCCUCUUUCUACAGAAAAGUCCAAAUUCACAUAGAACUGGACUUUUUGAGAAUUCUCACAAACAAGGGUGAGAAACUAUGGUGGGCCCUGAUAUCAUGUUCGUCCUACUUGGUGACACCAGUCCCAUGUCACCCAUAUGAAACAUGGAAUCCUCUUCCAAGGCACCCUUAUAUACACACUGGUCACCUGGGUGCCAUGACUUAAAGAACCAUACAGAGGCAGAGGAAGGUGGUUGGUCCUGGGGGAAGGGGGGAAUAUGAAAGAUCCCAGGCUAGUCGUUUCAGUGGGUCCACCUCUGGACCUCUGAAGCCGCAGCUGGAAAAAUACUGACUGGUGCUCAUCAAUACACAUCCUGUGGUGUGCAUGCUGGGGAUUCCGAUGUGGCCCCAUGUGUCCCGGCUGGAAGCCAACCAAAUUUUCUGCCAUCUCUGGUCCAUGCCUUGUGUUUGGGCCUCAUGCCUUUGAAAGUGUGACAGAAAUCCUGGUUGGUUGGUCAAUGGGUCUACAUUACAUCUUUCUCAAUAAAGCACUUCUACUUUA